CGGCGCAACGUUCUUUAAUUUGGCUCCAUAACAUCGUGCUGUUUGUUUUCAAUGAAUACUGUUCCCAACUUCCCAUUAUCUGUGAGACGUCUCGACUCGCCAAUCAAUUCCCAAUCCUAAAAAGGGUUAAACCCUAACCCCAAAUUUGUGAAAUCAGAAAUGGAAGCAGAUGGACAGAAAUACGCUGCUGAUAUAUCUUCAAUAAAGGAAGCUCAUGAGCGUAUUAAGCCGUAUGUACAUAAAACUCCAGUGCUAACAUCUGAAUCUUUGAAUUCAAUCUCCGGAAGAAGCUUGUUCUUUAAAUGUGAGUGCUUUCAGAAAGGUGGAGCUUUCAAAUUCCGUGGGGCUUGCAAUGCUGUUUUGUCUCUUGAUGCAGAACAAGCAGCAAAAGGUGUUGCAACACACAGCAGUGGCAACCAUGCUGCUGCGUUGUCUUUAGCUGCAAAGAUUCAGGGAAUCCCUGCGUAUAUCGUUGUACCAAAAGGUGCUCCAAAGUGCAAAGUUGAUAACGUGAUCCGUUAUGGUGGUACGGUGAUUUGGAGUGAAUCAACAAUGUCUUCUAGAGAGAAAGUAGCUUCAAAAGUUUUGCAGGAAACAGGUUCAGUUCUCAUACACCCGUAUAACAAUGGACGUGUUAUAAGUGGUCAGGGCACAGUUGCAUUGGAACUGUUAGAGCAAAUCCAAGAGAUAGACACUAUAAUUGUGCCGAUAAGCGGUGGUGGUUUGAUCUCUGGUGUGGCGCUUGCUGCUAAAUCGAUUAAGCCAAGCAUUCGGAUUAUAGCCGCAGAACCAAAAGGAGCCGAUGAUGCGGCUCAGUCAAAGGCUGCUGGUCGAAUCAUCACUUUACCUGUGACCAAUACCAUAGCCGAUGGCCUUAGAGCUUCUUUAGGAGACUUAACAUGGCCGGUAGUGAGAGAUUUGGUAGAUGAUGUGGUGAUUUUGGAAGAUGUGGAAAUAAUAAAAGCAAUGAGAAUGUGCUUAGAGAUACUGAAAGUCUCUGUGGAGCCAAGUGGUGCCAUUGGACUAGCUGCGGUUUUAUCAGAGAGUUUCCGUAGCAAUCCUUCUUGGAAAGAUUGCAAGAACAUUGGGGUUGUACUCUCAGGAGGUAAUGUUGAUUUGGGUUCUCUGUGUGAUUCAUUUCAGAGUUCAAAGUAAGAUAAAAGUGAGAACUGUUUGUAAAUUAGAACAAAGGGAAUCACUUUCUUUCAAGAAUCUGGUGCUGCUUUGUCCGGCUUGCAUUCAUAUGAUUGUUAAAACAUCUGAGGCUAAGUAAAUUUGAUGGGUCUGAAAGAUGUAUGAUACAGUUGAAGUUAAACUGUGUAAAAGCUACAAUAUGAAGCACGGGGACGCCAAUUGGGUCAGUGUCACCGUACUGUGGAUGUUUCUAGCAAUUUGGGC